AUGAUCUUGACUGUGGAAGCAAGCUUAAUCGUUUUCGUGGCCAUCUCCAUUUCUCAACCAUCGGACCCACUUGACAUCGGGGGCGUCGACUCCGAGGCCUCUCUCUCUGAGAUCUGUCAUGACGGGGCCUCAGACUUUGUGGCCCUCCACGGCGACCCAGAUGCUGUGUCUGCAGUUUUCUGUUCUUUCAAAGAGAAAACAUACAGUCCUGGAGACAGCUGGCAUCCUUAUCUGGAACCCUUUGGUUUCAUGUUUUGUAUGCGGUGUUCCUGCACUGAGACAGGCCAUGUGAAAUGUAACACAAUUAAGUGCCCUACUCUGCGAUGUGACAACCCAGUGACUGACUCUCAGCAGUGCUGCCCUCGCUGUACAGAUGAGCCUAGGAUUCCAGCAGGCUUGAGAGCCUCAGUGAAGUCCUGCAGGUAUAAUGGAACUUUAUACCAACCAGGGGAGACCUUUGCCAACCAUGACCUCUUCCCAUCUCGACAAACCAACCAGUGUGUCAUGUGCACAUGUUCAAAUGGAAAUAUUUUCUGUGCUCUGAAAACUUGCCAGCCGCUGACCUGCUCCUCACCAGUCUCAUUCCCAGAUACCUGCUGUCUGGUGUGCAAAGAUGGUGGCAUUAAUGGGUACUCAUCAGUGGAGGAUGUAGGCCAACAGCUGAACCGAGGCGUUAGGCAUUCAGUGGACCAGUGUGCUGGAGAGCAGUUCCGAGGGCGGUCUGUCCGCUCUACUCCAUCCACAGUCAGGGGUACUCCCAGAGGCCUGAGCCUGCCCAAGCUCCACUUCAAAGGUGCUGCAGAGACCACCGUGAAUUUCCUGCUGCAGAAAAAGCACCAGAAGGCAUGUCAGUACAGCGGCAACACCUACUCUCAUGGUGAUGUGUGGCACCCAGUCCUGGGGAAGGUCCUGGAGUGCAUUUUGUGCACCUGUAAGGAUGGCAUACAGGACUGCAAACGCCUCUCAUGUCCCAGCCAGUAUCCAUGCCAAAAUCCCGUUAAAACCGAGGGGAAAUGCUGCAAGAUUUGUCCAGAACAUAAUGCUGAGAGCAACAGGACUGACUGUUACAUAAACAUGAAUCUUGGACAUGACAAUAACAACCUCUUGGUGUACAAAGUUAAGCCAUCGUCAAAGGUUCACACAGAGGACACAGUUAGGAUAAUUGCUAUUGAAAGACAAGGGACUGCUGAAGUUGAAGUGCAAGUAUGGAAGACAGUAGGAGGAGUUUUACAAUUAAUGGAAACUGGGGAUGUUCUGAAGAAAGAUCUUCUAGAUAAUCCAGAUGACUACACUUUACUGACAACAUUGGAUGAAGAGACUUGGAAAAGAUUCAAGGAGGAAGAAGACAAUCAGAAGGAAUUUCCCAAGACCAGGACCUGUGAGGAUGGGAUCAGGGAGGUAGUGAAGUUCUUGUACCCAGACCAGCUAGAAAGCCUGUGCUCUUCUUAACUCUCAUCCCCUGACUUUGACAUCAAUGGAAAAUGCACAGCAUUCAUAUGCAUUUCAUUAAACAUGAAACAUAGCACUGCUUAUUGGUUAUAGAAUAACAAGCUUUUGUUUAUUUUUAAAUGUCAUCAUAACUCAUUACAAUGUGAUGUUCCAUAUUGUCAGCAGAAUUGUCAACAUUGUUGGUAGCAUUUGGUAGUAGAAGAAACCAAAAUGCAAAAAAUACUUUAAAUGAAUUACAGUUAUCUCAUUUUUGUUUUCUGGCAUACUGAAAUACAGUAAAAACAGUUAUCUAAAAAAUACAGGUGUACAUGUAUAUAAUAGAAAAA